CCAGCAAAAUUCAAGUUCGAAGAUGAAAAUGGCGGGAAUGCCGCGAUCGGUAACCGAGAUGUGGUCGUCGGCGGGCUCCACAAUCGCCAGCCUGAUGUUCCUCUGGGCAAUCCUCCAGCAAUACUGCCCCUACGAGCUCCGCCGCUACAUCGAGAAGCUCACCCACCGCCUCUCCGCCUACUUCUACCCCUACAUCAAGAUCUCCGUCCACGAGUUCACCGCCGACGGCCGCCUCAAGCGGAGCGAGGCCUACUCCGCCGUCGAGGCCUACCUCUCGGCCAACUCCUCCCGCUCCGCCAACCGCCUCAAGGCUGAGAUGUCGUCCCGCGACUCCAACUCCCUCGUCCUCACCAUGGACGACCACGAGCUCGUCGCCGACCACUUCGCCGGCGUCAAAGUCCGGUGGGUCGCCUCCAAAAUCGCCAACCCGACCCAACCGGGUCUCUACCACCCGGCCCAACCGGAGCGCCGCUACUACCGCCUCACCUUCCACAAGCGCCACCGCCAGCUCAUCACCGACGAAUACCUCCCCCACGUGGUCCGGGUCGGAAAAGAGAUCCGGACCCGGAACCGGCAGCGGAAGCUCUUCACAAAUUCCCCCAAUUACAAAUGGCCGACCUACAAGCACACGAUGUGGAGCCACAUCAAUUUCGAGCACCCGGCGACCUUCGAGACCAUGGGCCUCGAUCCGGCGAAGAAGAAAGACAUCAUCGAUGACCUCGUCACAUUUACAGAGAGCAGGGAGUUCUACUCCCGAAUCGGGAAGGCGUGGAAAAGGGGGUAUUUGCUCUACGGCCCGCCGGGGACCGGGAAAUCCACCAUGAUCGCCGCCAUGGCCAAUUUGCUCAACUACGACGUCUACGACCUAGAGCUGACGGCGGUGAAGGACAAUACGGAGCUCAGGAAGCUGCUGAUCGAGACAACGAGCAAGUCGAUUAUCGUGAUCGAGGACAUCGAUUGCUCGCUCGAUUUGACGGGGCAGAGGAAGAAGAAUCAGAAGUGGGUGUCGGAUGAGGAGAGGGACGGGAAGCAGAUCGAGAAGGAGAUUGGUGGUGGUCGGAGGGAUCUCGAUCCGGCGGCAGCCGCCGUUGCUGCGGCAGCAGGAGGCGGAGUCGGGAGUAGUAGGGUUACUUUGUCUGGGCUGCUGAAUUUCAUUGACGGAUUAUGGUCAGCUUGUGGAGGGGAGAGGCUGAUUGUGUUCACGACGAACUAUGUGGAGAAGCUGGAUCCGGCUCUGAUAAGGAGAGGGAGGAUGGACAAGCAUAUCGAGCUUUCUUACUGCAGUUUCGAGGCGUUUAAAGUGCUGGCGAGGAACUAUCUGAAGCUGGACGAAGAAGAAGGCGACGAUCAUCCGAUGUUCGCGACCGUGGAGAGGUUGAUGAAGGAGAUGAAGAUCACCCCUGCUGAUGUUGCUGAGAAUCUGAUGCCGAAAUCGCCUUUGGAUGAUGCGGAUACUUGUCUGUCAAGGUUGAUUCUGGCUAUGGAGGAGGCUAAGGAAGCGGCUGAGAUGGAGAGGGAGGUGGCUGCGGCAAGGAAGCUGGUGGAAGAGAAGGAGAAGAAAGUAGUUGGCAUGGUUAAUGGUUCGCCGGAAAAUGGGGUUGCGAUGUUGCCGGAUAAUGGGGUAGCCCCUCACUAGAUUGUCCGAGUAGGGCAGAUUUUUAAUACAUGCAUGUAACCGCCAUUUUCAAAUAGUGAAGACCACAGUCAUAAACAAGAUCACAGACGACAGAAAGAGAAGGGAAAAUCGUUCACAGGGGUCAGAGGGUUAUGAAAUAGAACUUGUUAAGGGAU